AUAAUGACGUCAUACUUAUACAACAUCUGACGUCAUAUCCAGCUGAUUUCGUUGUGUAAUUUGGCCCUGGACCGGCCUGGCCGGCUGUGAACGACGUUUGGCUGAACAUUUAUUUUUAUUUUGUAUUGCUGGACUACUACUGUUUUACAAGAGCACUGGAGCAUAGUCUUAUUUAUCUUUUAUAUUUCUGUGCUCACUGAAAAUUACAGAGGGCAAAAUAAGGAUCUAAUUUGAUGCACCUUCUGAAAACUGCUACGUACUUGUGCGUGAUUGGUGUUUUGAUUACGUGUGUCUGGCCGUUUGGUUCCGUGAUGAGUAUCUACAGGAAUAGCGUGUUUGUCGUCAAAGGACUGAGAGAAUUCUGCAAGAGUGGCUAUGAAUAUGCAGCAAAAUCCUUUGACAAGACAGCGUUAGAUGUCGAUAUAUCUAACCAGGCCUAUCUCAUCACGGGUGCUAACAGUGGUAUUGGAAAGAGUGCUGCUCUUGCUGUGGCUCAAAGAGGUGGCACAGUUCAUAUGAUAUGUAGAAAUCAAACGAGAGGGGAGGAGGCCAAACAAGAGAUUGAAACUACCACAGGAAAUCAGAAAGUUUUUCUUCAUGUUGUCGAUAUGUCAGACUCGCAGAAAGUGUCUGAUUUCGCCAGGGAAUUUGCAGAAAGUGGAAAGGAACUACAUGUUUUGGUAAACAAUGCGGGUUGUAUGGUGAACACACGUGAGAUGACGUCAGCUGGAUAUGAAAUGAACUUUGCGACCAAUGCUCUGGGAACAUACAUCUUGACCUCACUCCUCAUUCCAGUUUUACAGAAAGCAGAGAAUUCCAGAGUAAUAACUGUCUCUUCCGGAGGUAUGUACACACAGAAGCUGGAUCUAAACAAUUUACAGAGUGAGAAAAGCUUUGAUGGAACAAUGUCAUAUGCCCACCAAAAACGUCAGCAGGUGAUCAUGACCGAGCAGUGGGCCAAGAGAUACCCCGAGAUCAAGUUCUUUACCAUGCAUCCCGGCUGGGCCGACACACCGGCCGUCCGGAACUCCAUGCCAGAUUUCUACGCUAGGUUCAAGAACAAACUGAGGACCCCAGAGCAAGGGGCAGACACUGUCCUUUGGUUGUGCCUGGCGAAAGCCCCCUUGGACGCAGAGAGUGGAGGAUUUUAUUUGGAUCGCAAGCCUCAGUCAAAACAUCUCACUUUUGCAUGGACCAGAUCGUCAGCUGGCGAUGAAGAGAAGCUUAUGACAGUACUAGAAGACAUGGCCGCGAAGUUCAGGACAAAAUGAGAUUAAUUCAAUUAUGACUUCAUUAAAGUGUCGCAGUCAGUUCAAGAUUGAUGCAUUUCAGUGUCAUUUAGUGCUACAAUCAUCUCUAUAAUCUGGAUGAAAUAGUGUUUGAUGUCGAUGUGGCAAUCUGUCAUUCAAAGUUUGCAGAUGAUAAUCAGUACUCUGGUAAUCUGAUUAUUUUAUUCAAAAUGUGCACCCUCUUCUUUGUCUAUCUAGGAAUGUUGGGGGUCAUGAGGUCAAAGGUCAAGUAGGUCAGAUAAAGAAAAGAUCACUAUGAACAUUAAAUUGCUUCAGAAUGAUUUGAUGGAGAUUUAUUUUUUUCGUGUAUGCACGUGGAAGUAUGAAUUGAUACUGAGGUCACAAGGUCACAUGACAUACAUCUCCUUUUUUUUCAAUCAUGUGACUUUUUCCAACCAAAACUUAUGACCUUUGACCCCAUAUGCGGAUGCAAUAAUUUAAUAAAGAUCAUGUUCAUACUGCACCACAUAGACUAUGCAUUUUUAUGAAUACAUUUUUUUCAUUUUAUAUGAUUCACUCUAGGAGAUUUGAACCCUGUAGAUCUCCUAGUUUAUCUCCCCUCCACAACAAAGAUAUCUUAAGCUUGGGCUCACAAUUAAUUUCAUCAUGUUAUUUAGGUGGACAUAUGGGCAAUGUGUGCUUAUUCAUGCUUAUUCUAGUAGGUCUAAAACCUGGGGAGGGGGGGUUCAAAUGUUAAAUGACCUAAACUUGUUUGCAAAAUUUGAUGAGAUGAUUUGACAGUAUUUUAUAACAGUUUUCCUGUUUUUUCAAGAAGUUGUGGACUUUCCUUUCUAAAAAUAUAUGCACCUACAGUAUUGCAUUGGUAUCCCUCACAUUUGCUGUCUUUCUGCUUUCGCACAAAAGUAUAUUUUCAGGUGUAUAUAUAAAGAUUCAUUGUGUACACAAGCUGCUAGCGUGAUGAACAAAUCCUUGAUACGAAGAGGAAAAGAAAACUACAUGUGGAAGUAAUUUCUUAGUAGAUUGAUUUGACUUGCCUAUUUUGAUUGAUAAAAGUUAUAUUUCUAAUAUAAAGAGUUUAUGAUUUAAAAUAAGUGCAGAAUGGUUACUCAUUUGAUUUGAAAAAAUGUAGUAAAAGAGCAGGCCCUUCCCAGCAAAAUGGGUUUAAUUGAUUAUGCACUCGUGUUGAAUUUUUAUGUAGUUUUAACAUGGUGCCUAAUGCUCUCAGAUGAUAUGUAGCUUGUUUUUUUUAUUUCAUGUGUUUUAUUUUGAUACAUCUAUUCAACUUAUUAGAAAUUAUAGAAUAAUAUGAAAGGUAUAUUUUUGCAAUAUUAAUUCAUUCUAAGUCAGUAAAAUAUGAUUAUAGGGCCUUGUUGCAUAAAACUUGCCAUUAAUAGCAACCCUGCCAUCAAUUGUAACUGCCAUGGUAAAGUCUCAUCUGAUGACAAAGAUUACCAUAAUUGUUGGUUUUAUGCAACCGGGGCCAGGAAUAGCUUUGACUCUAUGAAAUUAAAUCAAUGUUGACUCUCCAACCAUUUACGUAAAGUCAGAGUUGAUUGUUGGAAACUCAAUAUUAUAUUCAUGCAGUGAAUUAUUUCGGAGGGGGAAGGGUUACAAGACAUUUGCAAUUGAUUCCUAGUCAAUUUCAGGCCAAGAAGUUAUUCAUAAGUCGUGUGAUGAACUGCAACUUGGUAAAUAAAUCAUGCUGUGCCUCUUACAGCAGAAAGCUGUAUAGAUUAAUUGGAUGUAGUUAAAAUCAAUUACAAAUGUGUCUGUAAUUGAAAAUCAGUUGCUUGCAACUUCCUCCUGGUGUUGUACAUUGUAGCAAAUAUUUCAUUUUCAAUAUCUCUUAUUGACAAAUGAAAUUCAAAGUUAAAUUAAAAAGGAAGCAUUGAUUAUGAAUAUUGGUAACUAUACCUAAUAAUUGUAUGUGUUCUGAAAUGUCUGUUGGUAUUUAUGAUUGUUAAUUGCUGUAACCAUAUAGAAGUUAAAAACUUCUAAGAAUGAUUUGAAAUUGUUUUUGAGUAAUUUAAAUGUGAAGGAAUGAUAUUCCAUCGUCAUGUAUUCAUGGAAAUUGUUAUUAUGUUUGUAUAAAACAUGUCUCUUAUUUAAAUGUAUCAUUAUAUAUUCCAUGUGAUGAAAAUCAAUUUUGAGAUUAAAUUAAAGAUUUAUAAAAUUGAAAUAAGAUUAA